AUGCAGACUGAAGUAACCACUCUUCGUUCUCCCAUUUCCCAUGACGGACCUCGUCCCUCGAGACGUUUAGGCCUUGUCGCGGAGGUGACGGGGAACCCACUUGCCGGGGGCGCCCGACGGCUUGAGGGGCUCCGCCGGCGUGGCGGGCGAACCGGUCCGCUCAGGUCCAGGGCGGCCGUUCUCGCGGUCGUCACGUCCGGAGCCACCCCGGUUAAGGGGAGCGCCACCGGACACAGCGCGGGGUGGGGGCGCGCUGUCGCUGGCGCCACCAGAGGCGGACUUGGCGGCCUCACGCUCACGCCAGCUGGGCUUGUUGCCGGCGAGGUUGAGGCGGGGCGGGCCACCGGCACUGGGGCGGUCGCCAGACUCGGUACGCUCCACAGGAGGGGCACGAGCCGGGGGCGCGCGAGCGGGGGGCACGGAGUCUGCGUUGGCGGGGGAGGUGGACUUGGCAGCGGCCUCGCGCUCGCGCCACUUUCCGGCACCGGGCAGGUUGAGCGGGCGACGACCCUCGGAGCUGGACGGCUCGGCGCCGCGCUCGGGCACGCGGGAAGGCGGUGCCGUCCGCUGGGCUUCUCUCUCGGCCUUACGACGGGCGAGAGCCUCCUCCUCGCGUCUCGCCUGGAGGGCAGCCUUCUCCAAGCCUUCCUGGCGCUCCUUCUCGCGCUGCUCCUUGAGGCGCUGCAUCUCGGCUCUCUUGGCCUCGGCGCGCUUCUCCUGCUCCUCCUUUUCCUUGGCGGCACGCUCCUCGGCCUCGCGCAGGACUCUCUCCUGCUCCUCGCGCUCGCGCUUCUCGCGGAGCUUGCGCUCGCGGUACUCCUUCUUGCGGGCAGCAAUCUGCUUCUCCAGCUCCCUCUCGGCGUCUCUGCGGCGCUUCUCGAACUCGUCGCGGCGACGCUCGUGGAGGUUGGAGCGGAAAGACUCGUACUCGGGCAUGAGACGGGUAAGGCGGUGCUUGAGCUCGACGCUCUCCUUGUGCUUGAUCUCGGCCUCCUUCAGCGUCUGGGUCUUGACAGCCUCGUACGUGGCGCGGUCCUUCUCAAUCUGCUUCUGGUAGUCUUCGCCCAGCUUCUUGGCCUCUUCCUUUCUGAACGCACGCUCCAAGUGGUCAAUACGCUUCCAGACGAUGCGGAGCUUCUCGUUGACAUCGUUCUUCUCGCGCUUGAGCUGCUCCAGCUUGAUUGCGUGGAUCGCGCUGGAGUCAAGAUUGUCGAGGUUCUCCAAGUCCAGGUCGAUAGUCUUGGUGCCAAUCUUGAGGUCGGCAAUCUGCUUCUUCAGCUCCUCCUUACGGACCCGGUCGCGCUCGGCCUUCAUACGCUUUUCCUCGCGCUCCUUCUGCUCGGCAGCGAGACGCUUGUCCUCGGCCUCCUGGAGCAGUUGCUCGCGGAGACGCUUCUGGCGGGCGUUCUCUCUCUCCUUGCGAGCCUGGGCCUCGGAAGCCUCCUCCUUGCGCUUCUGGAUAACGUCCUUUCUGGCGAGGAUAGCGUGGUGCUCCUGUUCAGCGCCAGCACGGGCACGCUCCAGGGCAGCUUCUCUAGCGGCGAUGAGGGACUGGUUGUAGCUGGGGUCAAUGUAAAAGCAAGUGGUGUGGAGAGACUUGACAAGGCGGGUGAGCUGAGAGCGGACGAUCUCAGAAGGAGUGCUCUGGAGACGCUGGACGGAGCUACCGUCGGCCUCAGCGGAACCAGCAGCCGCUCCAGCGUGAGCAGCCUUGGCGGAAGAAAAGACGUCGUUGUCGAAGCUGAGGACACCGGUGGCGUGGUCGACGGUCUCGUACACCUGAGAGAGCUGCUGGAAGAGUCUGGUGAGGAUGACCUGCUGAAGAGGCAGGAUGUACUUCUCCAUCUCAGCAUCGGCACCAAUCUUGGUCAGGAUGGGAGAGAUCUUCUGGCAAAUGGAGAGGGGGUGGAAGUCGACCUCGAGGAUGUUGUAGAGGUCGCGAAUCUCAGGACGAGCACGCUUCAGCAUCUGCUUAGCAAGAGCGUCGCGGAAGAGGCCAGCACGGGUGGGAGCCUGGCCCAUGCCGAGAAGGUGGGUGAGGCGAGCGUUCUUGUUCUUCCUCGACUCAUCGAAGUCGACCAUGGCGCCGCGGGAGCGGGUGGUGCUAAUGACGGGAAUGGCGAGAGCGGACAACAGCACGAACGAGGCGGCCUUCUGAAGGUCGUUCUCGGUAGCCGGGGGGUUGUCAGCCUUCUUACCCUGUCCGCUGGCGACAACGGCGGCGGACUGGCGCAGAAGGGUGUAGUACCUGGACCAGGCGGCGGCGUGGAAAAGGUAGUUCUCACCGACGAGGAAGAUACGCGUGAGCUUCUCGUAGUAGUUGGCCAUCAUGAUGUUCUUGGGGGGACGCUUGCUGAGGUUGAGCAGAGUGUGGAUAUCCUCAACGGAGCGGAAAGCCUCCUGCCAGAGCUCGAGCUCAACGGCAACGUUGAGCUGCUGGAAACGAGUCUCCAGGUGACGCUGGAGGGUGUCGGGAUCGCUCAGGUUGAUGGCGUGCAUCUGAGCCGAGUACUUGGCAGCGGUCUGGACAUGGUUGCGCAGCAACUCGCAAAGUCUGCGGAACUCAGUCUUUCUGGUGUACUUCAGGCAGAAGUCGAAGGCCUGCAUGGCCGUGCUCUGGUAGAGGACCUCGAGACGGGCAUUGUUGCGGAGGAUGUCGAGGACGGUACGGUACGCCUCCCAAAGGAACUUGAGCCACGGGGUGACGAUGGCACGGUCAGUACGGUCGCGGGACUGCUCGCCGGAGACGGUGGCGAGGAGGAUGGACUCGGGGGUUUCGCUAGCCUCCAGAUCGUCGAUGUUGGCGGUGGAGGUGUUGGCCUCGAUGCUAGACUGGACCUCGUCGGCCUUGGCCUGGGCGGCGGUGACCUUCUCGGCGGCCAGCUCGAUGAACUUCUUCAGAACCAACUGUACGAGCCCUUGUUAGCGACAGUUGCCCUAACCAGCAUGCACGGCAAUAAGAUGGCCUACCUCGAUGGUGCCGACGUUGGUGUUCUGGCUGAUGUUCUUGUACUGGUACAGGGCAUCCUUGGCCAGCUUUCCCUUCUUCUGCUCGACGGAGAGCUCAACCAACAGAAGCAUCACCGGCUCCAACGACGCGAUGGGGACAUUUCGGCUUCUCUUCGAGGUGAUGUGCUCGUGGAGGAGGGUCAGGGCUGCCGGGACCUGGUUGACGCCGAUGAGCUCGUGGGCGCGCUUCAGGACAUUUUCGGGUUUUUGGUGGGGUGGAGGAGGCUAUAG